UGGCUGGUGGCAAGAGAACAAAGGAGUAAUACUUUCCUGCAUUGCUGAAGACCAUUAAGAGACUAUAGUAUAAAAUCUGUUUGAAGUGCUACUGAAUUGUAUAGAACAUGGCUGUACCAUCGGAAGCUUCGUGCUGCUCAGUUCCGAGACGAAUGAUUUUUCACAUCUUGGAUGCAGUGUUUCUAAUCACGAUACUGAUUCUUCAAGGAACAAUUCUCAAUUAUUACAUUAUUAAGCACUCGAAGCAUCAUGUCACACCAUACUUUUGGUUCAUUGCAGAUAUUGCUAGUCUUUUUAUUUUUGCUGGAACAUUAACUGUUUCUUACCAGUACCUGACAAAAGUGAAAAGCGAUUUUGAUACAGAUACUUUUUUCCUGUCGCCAAAACGUAUUUUACACCGUAAGUUUCCCACAUCUAAACUUGGCAUCAUGCCUUUAAGUUAUGUUUCGUGGAUAAUUUAUAGCACAUUUCAUUUCAGUAAAGUAGCAGUAAUAUUCAAGUCAGGUAUACCUGAUCAUCUGAAGGCAGAUGACUUCUUGGGCAACCAAGCAUUACAGAUAACAAUUGCAUUAUCAGGAAUAAUCUUCAUUUUACUUGCUGAAGGGCAUAAUUGGUCCACUCGCCAGUCUCCUCGUUAUCUUUAUGUCACUUCUGUUGGGUGGAAAACAGGUAUCGAGAUACUGGACACAGUUAAUCUGUUGGCACUGCUGUUGGUAAACGAAACUAAAAUGAUACUUACUUACACAUUAGAAAACUCGGUUCUUAUAGUGUGUUCAUUUAAUUUCUUUUUACCUGCUCUUGCACUUUACAAAUUAAGCUUGUCUGAUAUGAAUCACGUACGUUUCUUCUUGCCACUUAAUGUUUUGUAUAAUGUUUUGCAUCUUUGCCUAAUUGAUAUACCAUUCUUAGCUAUACGGAUUUACAUAUGGGUUAAUUAUAAUAAGAAUGCAUCCAUAUUUCUUAUGAAAAAUGUGUUUGGCAUUAUAAUGGUUCUUCGGAGUGUGUAUCCUGACCUUCAUGAACUGUUUCAACGAAGAUAUGCCAGUAAGUUAACUUCCAAUCAAGGACACAACAGGGCAACAAAAGAGGACAUUUCGUUGCAUGUUCUUAAUGCUGAUGGUAGUAACUUGCUACAUGAGGUGCAAAGUAGAUGAAAUAUUAUAUUAGAUGCUAAGUGUACCGGCUGUGUAAUCUCUGGCUGCAGUAUUGAUUUACCGUGACACAUGCAGAUAAUGCAUUCAGACUGAAUAAGUAAGUUAGAAACCUUCGCAGCAUACAUUAGUUGAUCGUGACUGAUAUUUUGUUAGUUAAACGGUGGUUGUUGUCAGACUAUUGCUGCGGAGGGUAACUCUAUUUUUAUAAAACUUUUGGUAUCUUACCAUGAAGCAAUGAAGGCAGUUACCUAUAUUAUUUCAGGUAUACACUACAAAUCAGUACUGCUAUCAGACUUUUUAAACACUUUCCAUGUAUUUAUGCAUGAAAUGAA